AUGAGGACAAUCGUUCUACUGACUGUGAUCGCAUUGGGAGGUGUGUCGCUGAUCAUGGGAGACACUAUUCACCGCCACCAUUAUGGAGUUUCAUUUGAAGACGGUACAUGCAAGUACCGCAAUCAAACACUCAGAGAUGGAGGCUCUGAAAAAUUUCAGUACCCUUGCGAACAGUGGUUUUGCAAUGUAACAGCAAAAACACUUACAGUUACAGGGUGCAAUGUCCGGCGCUAUGGAAGUUGCGUCUACAUGCACAACCGUAAUUUCUACUGGCCAUCUUGCUGCCCGCGUCGUCCGCUCUGCUAA